CACCUGCUCGUCGGCGCCAGCACUCGGAGGACGCGGGGCCAGCGGAUCGCUCGGAGGCGCUCAGCACAGGUUGUGCUGAGCGGAAAGAGCCCUCGACUCAACUGUUCGUUCCUCCCACGCUCCGUGUUCUCCCUGACUCGCUGGGGGGAGCUCUGCUCCGCAUCACCGCACUCUGGGAUCUGGGCUGACGGAGGAGCUACCGUAAAGACCACUGAUAAGGACGUGGCAGAGGGAGAGAGAGAGAUACACUGAUUUGCUGUUACACCCAUUGGUUCAUUCACCGGCUGAUUCUUUCACGUGCCCUGACCGGGGAUCAAACCCACAACCUGGGCGUGUCAGGGCAAUGCUCUACCCAGCUGAGCGGCCCACCCAGGGCCAAAGUCUGAAUUUUUAUUGUUCAUUUGAGGCAUCCUAGAGCCGCGAUGGCAAACUUCAAGGGCCACGCUCUCCCAGGGAGUCUCUUCCUGAUAGUUGGGCUGUGGUGGUCAGUGAAGUACCCCCUGAAAUAUUUUCAUCAAAAGGGGAAGAGGACCCUGCUGACGCGUCAUUACCAGCGCCUUGAGAUCAUUGAGGCUGCGAUCAGAACUUUAUUUCCAGUCAUUGGGAUCCUGGCAGAACAGUUUGUUCCAGAUGGGCCCCACCUCCACCUGUACUCGGACAGCCAGUGGAUAAAGCUGAUGAAUUGGCAACACAGCACCAUGUACCUAUUCUUUGCGGUCUCGGGACUCACCGACAUGCUCACCUAUCUCUUCAGCCACAUUCCCUUGGGGCUCGACAGACUGGUCAUGGCUGUGGCAACAUUCAAUGAAGGUUUUCUCUUUUACCACCACGUCCACAACCGGCCGCCCCUGGACCAGUACAUCCACUCCCUCCUGCUGUGCGCCGUGUUCGGAGGGGCUCUCAGCAUCUUCUUGGAGGUGAUUCUUCGGGACAACAUUGUGCUGGAACUUUUCCGAACCUCCCUCACUAUCCUUCAAGGCACCUGGUUCUGGCAGAUUGGGUUUGUGCUGUUUCCGCCCUUUGGAACACAAGAAUGGGACCAGAAUGACCACUCAAACCUCAUGUUCAUCACCAUGUGCUUCUGCUGGCACUACCUGGCUGCCCUCUGCAUUGUGGCCGUCAACUACUCUCUCAUCUACUGCCUUUUGACUCGGCUAAAGAGGCACAGGGAAGGAGAAAUCAUUGGGAUUCAGCAGCUGAAGUCAGACCCCACUGCCCAGAAGGCCCUCCUGAGUGGCUCAGAUGAGGACUGAGAAGAGGCCAUCGGUCAUAAAUGGGGUGGACAAGUCUCUUUGAGCAGAAACAGUGAGAGUGCCCCAGGAGCCGUGCAUCCCCUCUGCUGCAAUGCUCACGCUGGUCUGCACUUACGCCUCUCCACACCUGCACCUGCUCAUUUAACUGGCUAGUCUGUGUGGGCGUGGUGCCCUCCAUAAAGAGAAAUGAAGCAAGCUUUCUCUGUGGCUCAGAGCGAAGAGAAAUCAGAGACCCUUAAAGCUGCAGGACAGGAAGCAGCCUCACGGAUGGUAUGAAUCCAGCAAAACUCGCUGCUUUCGAUAACAUAUCCCUUUUCCUCCCAAGAAAUAGGUACUUUCGUAUUAGAAAGUAAGUGAAUGACAGUGCCUUUAUUUCACAGAUGCAAUUCUAACGUGUAUUUUUUUAAAAGUAAUAAUUCACAAGCUUUGGUGUGUUAAACAUUACUUGCUAAAUAUCUUCUAAUUAUAAACUUCAGAGAACUGUAAUACCACUGCUGAUAAGUGACAGGCCAAAGGUGAUUUUUAUUUUUUAAAUCGGGAAGUUAGUUGGUGGCCCAGCAGGGAGCUGGGCUCAGGUGUUCUGACUCCUCCUAAGAGAAUGCUGACAGGAAACCUGUAUAAUGAGGGAGAGAGAGAGAACUGGCAGGUUGUGGAAGGCCCUGACUUUACAGCUAAACGCAAAGGGUAAGAAUCCUCCAAAGAACGCAAAGUUUGAACUGGUAAUACAAGUCUUGUCACUCUA